AAUCAUUGUAAACAAUCUUGCACCUGUAGACGAUGGCUUUAUGAUAUCGGUUUUUUUCAUCUUCCCGAUUAUUAGAACAAAUAUACACAGAAAUGCUAUAUUUGAAAUCAGAUGCAUUUUUCUAUGUCAUGAGGUGGUUAUGGACCAUAAUAUCCUGGACACAUCAACGAUCUCAGUAUUUUCAGUUUUCACAGCACAGCAGUCAUGAUACUUUGUGACCGAGUGGUCACAAUUCAUGUCAUUUUGACAUGACAUUGUCAUUGAUGGAAUUAGGGCUUAAUGCAAUCCUCUUUGCCGAAGAUAUUGGAAAAUGUGUGUUAGAGCUAUUCAAGACAGAAGAUGGCAGAAGGCUUGUGUACCCCGUCAAAGGGCAGGAAUCAAGAUGUGGAGCUACUCUUCCAAAAGAUGGGAGAAAAACUGGGCUGGUUCCAGCACAAAGAUAUUGAUACUGCCCUGAAGAGUAUAACCAAGAGCAGCAAGAAGAAGGGCAGCAGGAGCAGGGUGAGGUCGGGGGAUGGAGGCAACAAGGAGAACCGGGGGGAUAAGGGGGUCGCGAACAAACAUGGAGAUGCGAAAAAUGAAUCUACCAAGGAAAGAACAAAGAGGACUAAAAAGAAGGCAUGUAAAGCUGGUACUGAGAACAGUGCUUCGCAGGAGAGCUGUGGGGGAUAUCCUCUCAAGGCAUCCAAGGCCAGGACUGACCUCACAAGAGAAAUCAAGAAGAAGAAAAAAAGUUCAAAAGCCUCACAAAGUCCACCGGAAUGUAGUGAAUCUAAGAAUGAAAGCAACCCAAGACUCUCAGGUGGCAAUUCUGAGAAUUCAGAUGUGUUUCCAGAGAUGCCGUCAUUGCUAGAGGAUAUUGGUGCACCACUUGUGGAAUCAACUCGAAUUCACAGCCGUGAGAGUCUCAGUCUGUAUAAACUUCAGGACAGUUUUAUGUCCAGUGAGAGCUGUGAUUCUAGUGCUGUUCAUGACCAAAGCUCAUUCAAUAAGUUGGAAGGAGGCCUAUCUGAUGGAGCAAGGUAUUUCAGGACUGACAAAACACUGAUCCGAAUUCGCAACAGUCUAACUGCAAAUGAGCUGAAAAAGAAGCAGCUGGAUUCCUCCUCAGAGAACUAUUACUCUGUUAUUGGGGAAAGCAUUGCCGAGGAAGACAAGGAUGAGUACUAUAGUGUCCUGGAGGAGAGCCCUGUAGGCUGUGAAUCUGUUAAAUGUAAAUCUGAACACGGGGACAAAGCAGUUACGAUCAAGGAGUCUGGAGAUGAAGAGGAGUCCAAAGGUUUACUCCAGACACAGAAGAGGAUGGAGCUUGAAGAUGAAGAGGAGUCGAGAGGCUUACUCCAGACACAGAAGAGGUUGGAGCUAUGUCUGGAACCUGUACAGGGAGACAUGGGCGUGGAACCUCUACAUGGGCACACGGGCAUGGAGCCUGUACAUGGAGAUGCAGGCAUGGAACCUGUCCUGCAACGUUGCCAUGGAAACUCAGGAAUGAGGUAUAGGGAAGUGUGUGAGCCUGGUGUAGGGAGUGAUGAGAGUGAUGGGUCGUAUUAUGAAGUUGAAGAUGCCUGUGCUCAGACAGACCUUGAUGAUCGACAGCUGGAUGCUGUGGGGCAUGGUGUCAAGGUCAUUGCUUCGGGGAGUUCAGAUGAAGGUGGCAAUAGUGAAAGUGAUUUGGAAGAUGGUGAUGCUGCUACUGUUAUAGAGAACAAACUUGGAGUCACAGAUCUGUGUGACAGACUCAUGGGGCUCCAGCAUGAAUCGAAUGAUGAUGAUGAUGAUGAAGAUGAUGAUGAUGAUGAUGAUGAUGAUGGUGGUAGUGGGGGAGGCAGUAGCAUUAAGAGGGUAUCAGAAGGGUCGGAGAAGGAAGACGAUAUAACAGGUGAAUCAUCACCUUCUGAUUCAGAGGGAAAGGUGCUAACCAGAAAACAUGUGAGACACAUACAAGACAGUCCUGGAGAAUCUGAAGGGUCGUUUUAUGAAGUUGUUGACCAGUGUGUUCAGACUGAUGUUAACGUGUCUCAGACUGAAGAUGCUGCUGAUGUUGUUACACCGUGUACACAGAAAGGGGCAGGGGCUGAUGGAGCAUGUACGAGCCCAUACUUCCCUCCAAGUAACCAGGUGAAGAGUCAGCCAAGUUUGUUAAAGAAUUCCAACAGUGGAACUCCAACUCUGGCUGAGCUGAAGUCCGCAACUUAUGAAAAGUUACGAAUGUCUGUGAAACGGUUCAAUAAUACACCUCAAGGCUCGUCAGGACGAUUGAUGGACAAUGUAUUGAAGAAGAUUAACCUUUUUGGAUCCAACGCAGGUCAUUCUAGUUUCAAAGUCUCCAGUGGGAAGGAUGGAAAAAAGGUUGAGGGUCAGGAAAAUGUCAAGCCAUCAACUGAUAAAUUAGAUGAGAAAUUGUCAAAAAAUGACAGAACAGAAGUAAAAAAUGCUGAUGAUGAUAGCAGAGAUGCUAAGACUGCAGAGGAUGUUGUUCAGGCGAGGAAGAGUUGCACUGACAGGCAUUUCUCCGAUAUUAUUAUGAGUGGACAGGAAGACAGUACAUCAUCAGGGAGGGAUGUCAGAAAAUCCAGCAGCAGUGAGUCCUUCCAUGAAACCCACCAAGUAUCGGAUGCUGAGAACAAGGCUGUAAAACCUGCCCACAAAGACAGGAAAGCCGUAGAAAAUAUUGUAGAAAAUUUACAAAAAAUGUCCUUUGGGAGUAAGGUUGGUUGUAAGGAAGAUAACAGCGUGAGAGGCAUGCCGAUUGAAACACCGAGCAGAAGGCUGAAGCUGUCGUUGAGGAAGAACAGACCUGUGAAGAAGGUGUCGUCUGCUUCGUCAGGCAGCACGGAUGAACAUCCCGGAAGGAAGGAGCUGUACAAGACAGGCUAUUCAUCACCUGACUACAGUGCAGAGUCUCCCAAAGGAUUAGACGAUCAUACAGGAUUGACGUCUAAGUGUGGCACGUCAAAGGAAAAAUGUAAACCAACUUUUACUGUUCCAGACUCACCACCCCAAGGGAGUGCACUGAGUGAACAGGCGAAUGAGGAUGAGUUAGUUUCUGAUGGGGAGACCGGUGUGCCUGACUCUCAACCCCCUUUGAAUGAGAAUAGACUAGUUCUCCAGGCAAAUGAAGAGAAUCUAUUUUCAGAUGAAGAGGAGGCAGCUGUGCCAGAUUCUCCAACCCCAGAAAAGAAGGACAGACCAACCCAUGAAAAGAUUCCUCAUUCAGAUGAAAGGGUGGCAGGUGUGUCGGAUAGUUCUUCUGAUGAAUUCCAUAGCAUUCAUGUACCUGAAACGUCCAAAAUACCUACGUCGAGCAGAUCUGGUACGGAUAGGAAGACUCACCCAAAAGAAAAAUAUACGGUUUCGGACAGCUCAUCUGAAGACUACGAGAAUAUGGUGAAGAAGGCUAAGGAGAAGAAAGGGAAGAGAGUGAUGGAGAAGAAGUCAGUGAGCCGGAGUCGGAACGACUCACUGCCAGACCGUGAUGCCAGUCCUGACCUGGAUGAUAGAUACUGUGUCACUGUGGGGAAUGCAACAACAUGGAGAGACAGCACAGCUGCUGGGGACUCCAGUGAGGAGGAAGAUGUCGAGGCCUUUUUCAAGAAAAUGAAAAGCCAAAAGAAGACCCAAAAACCAAAGUUGUCCUCCGAAUCCUCAGAUUCAGACAGUAUGAAGGAGUUUAUAGAUGAUGACUCCAUUGUGAGCAGUGACUCGGAGGAUGACGUCUUCUACCUGAAGGUGGACAACAGUAAGAAGGAUAAGCAGCCACCAAGGAUCCCUGAAUAUCUGACCAGUGACGAGGAGAAUGACGCGACUGAUGAAGAUGGCGACAGGACUUAUGAUGAAAGCAGUGAGGAAGAGGAAUAUCAACCAAAGACGUCACGGAAACAUAUGACAAAGGAAACAACAAAGACACCAAAGAUAGUCCACAGGAAGUACGAGACACCCAAAGCUCAGAUUGUAUCUCGGAUACCCAGCUCGGCCAAGUCUAGUGUUACCAGCUCAGCCAGCCGUGUGAAAAUAUGUAGCUUCCUCCAGUCCCUGACUGCCGACCUGCCCGACCACAGGAGACAUCCGGACGCCUCCACAUAUGUGAAGCAGUUCAAGAAAUACAAGAUGGAGCUGACUCAGCGUCUGUACAAGUUGUACAACCAGACAGUGUUUGAUCAGAAGCUUCCGUCUUCCCUGGAGAUCGGGUGGAACAAUCGUCUGCUGAAGACAGCGGGGUACUGCAAGUACAUCAGGGGACACACUGCCAAGGUGGAGCUGUCCGACAAAGUCUGUGAUUCUGCCGAGCGAGUGAGGGACACCCUCAUCCAUGAGUUGUGCCAUGCAGCAUCCUGGACUCUCAACCACAAGAACGAUGGACACGGGCCGUACUGGAAAUACUGGGCACGUAAAGCCAAUCAGACCUACCCUGACAUCCCCAUCAUCAGCCGAUGCCACGACUACGCCAUCGCCACCAAGUACACCUACCAGUGUGUCAAGUGUGGAUACAGCAUUGGACGACACUCCAAAUCUCUGGAUACUGACCGGAAGGUGUGUGGGAAGUGCCAUGGAAGGUUUGAGGUCCGUCUCUCCAAAAACUCAGCGACCUCAUCGAUAUCCAGCACACCCAAGACACCUCGAACACCAAAUAGGUUUGCCCUAUUUGUGAAAGAGAAGUACGGCACUUACAAAAAGAACAAAGAUUUGAAGCAUAAAGACAUUAUGCAGCUCUUAAGCCAGGAAUUUGCAGCAAAAAACAAACUGACGGCUUGAUAAAUUUAACAUUUUGAUAAGAAAUGAUGUAUAACCUUUUUAAGGAGUUGCAAAUUUUGCAAUGAAUUUUAUGUAGAUUUUGGAUGUAGAUUUUGUCAAUCUCAUUAAAACCAGAUCUUAGUUCUCGCUACUGCUAAAUAAAGAUCUGAGGACAUCCCAUUACAGGUCACGUCAGACCGACCUUUUGCGAACUUUGAAUUGAAUGACAAUAGCCAAUCAGAAGGCAGCUUUAUCGAGCUUUACGGCAAAAGAUUAAUAACUGAACAAAAGAACAUUCUGGAAUGAUUGUAUGAAUACAGACAUAAAGCCCAUUACUGUCGUUCAGAAUACCAUGUGUGGUUUUUUUCGAGGUUGCACGAUCCAAAAUCACAUUCUUACUGUCACUUUCAUGAUUUGAUAAGCUAUGCUCUGAUUGGUCAGAUGAAAGGUCAUUCUGACAUGACCCACAGUGGGAUGUCCUCAGAUCUUUGUUUAGCAGCACAAGAACUGAGAUAUGAUUUUCACGAGAUCGAAAAUUUGUGAAUCUGCCACAAACUGAUAGGUUGAAAACAACUAAGUUACGUAUUAUGGACUAAUUAUGGUCAAAUGAAUUCUUUCUUUGCCAAGGAUAAUUGUUCCUCGGCUCUAAACAUGCACAAAUAUGAUAUAUGGCAGACUGAUCUGGAUACUGGAGUGGUUCAUGGGUGUGGAUACUGUAUUAAGAUUUGAUAAGUAUUUUACAGUUAAGCCUUCACUGAACCAGGUGGUUUGUUGGUUGGGCCAAACACAUCCACUGGUCAAUGAUGUCUGCAUUCCCUGGGGUAAACAUUUCUAGUAUCGAUACACAUGAAAGUGCUGCUGAAAAUAAACCAGUAACAGUAACCAUGGUUGCCCAGGUGAUGCAGUCCACCGUGGUCCACUGGUCAUUGUUCAAGCCUAUUUACUUGUGUUCUAGGUUUGUCAGCCGUGCUGGUGGGUUUCACCAAAGUGGUAAAAGUCUAACACCUGCAUCACUUCAGGCUUUCCUCUCCACUCCUACUGAUACACUGAUAUAUCUGGAACACUGCUCAAGGUAGUGAUAACCCCCACUAUUCACUCACUAUUAUAAUCUGUACUUGAUAGUGUGAUGGGGCUAAAGAUAGCUUUUGUUUCACAACAUUCAAAACAGGGAAACAAAGAAUGCAUCAAUUCAGCCUGAUGUACACAGUGACGGGUCAACCGCCGCAUAUAGCUCGAAUAUUGCUGAGUGCGGCGUCAAACAACAAACAAACAGUUACGGGUCAACAGCCGUCAUGUAGCUUGAAUAUUGCUGAGUGAGACGUCAAACAACAAACAAACAGUUACGGGU